GAGAGAGCAGCGAGCGUCAGAGAGAGAGGGAGGGAGAGUGAAGGAGAGAGAGUGAGAGUGAGAGAGACACAGACACAGAGAGAUUUAUCACAGUAGCUGAAAACUUGCUGUCAGUACUUUACAAGAACUUGGACUUGGGAGGACUUGGAGUGACCCCUCCCCAAAAAAAGCCCUUCAACUGGUGGAAACUCUGACAGGGGUGGAAGGCCUAUAAAAGAGAGAGUGCUUCUCCAAGCCAGGCUUCUGCAAGCUCCACACCACUCGCCAGCCAUUCUCUUCCUCCUCCCUGUCAACCUCUCCUGCGGAGCUCCACACACACACACACACACACACACACACACACACACACACACACACACACACACACACACACACACACACACACACACACACACACGUGCGCGCAAAUACACAAGGAUCCCACAGCCACCCGCACCAGGAUGGGCGAAGACUCCACCCGUGCCGAGGCGCGCAGCUCCGCCACGCUGCCUGCCAACAUGCCUUCUUCCUCCAGGGCAGCCAACGCCUCUCCUCCUCCUCCUCCUCCUCCUCAGGAUGGCCAGGAGCCGCCGCUGCUCAUCCCCAGCUUCAGCCCCAGCUCUGCGCCCUCGUCCCCAGCCAGCACGCUCUCCCGCCUGGGCUUCAAGAUGCCGCCGUCCCCCGGGAGCCCCGGAUCGCCUGGUGGCGGGCAGGUGAGUGCCAUCACGGUGGUGGCGCUGCUGGACAAGCUGGUGGUCAUGAUGGAGUCGGUGCAGGAGAACCAGCGGCGCUCCGAGAAGCGGCAUGCCGAGUUAGAGGCGGUCGUGCGCGCCGUCCAGGGCGACGUGACACGGCUGGCCAGGAGCCACAGCAGCACGGCCAACAGCGUCAGCAAGCUCCUGGAACGCUCACGCAAGACCGGCGGAUACGUCAAGGAGGUGCGCGAGAGACUGGACCGACAGGGCGUCCAGGUGAAGCGGCUGGAGGCCAACCACGCUCACCUGCUCAAGAGGAACCACUUCAAAGUGCUAAUUUUCCAGGAGGACAAUGAGAUCCCCUCCAUGCUCCUCACGAAGGACCCUGCUGCGUCCACCACUGCUUCUAUCCAUGAUACCCAGGAGAACAUGUCUUUGCACGCACCCACCCCGAGCGUUGACCGCAACCGCUCCCACGAGGAGGGCCUACAGACCAUCAGCCUCACGUCCGACGAGGACGAGGAGGAAGCCGUGGGGACAGUGGCAGCCACCGGGACCCACCCGUCCAGCCCCCGUGGCGAAGCGGCGAGUGAGCUGGCCCUGGAGGAGGAGGACGACGACGACGGCGGCCUGUCGUCGCUGGGGUCCGAGCGUCUGGAGCGCUCGCGGGCCGAGAAGCUGAAACGCUCCAGCCUGAAGAAGGUGGACAGCCUGAAGAAGGCCUUCUCGCGCCGGAGCAUCGAGAAGAAGAUCAACAAGAUCGUGCCGCCCGAGCGUCGCGAGAAGAUCAAGAAGAGCUUCACACCCAACCACCCCAAGAGCCCCACCGCCAAGAGCUCAUCCUUCCGCGUCUCGCCCAUGACCUUCAAUGUCAAAAAGGUGCGGGAUGGAGCCGCUGCAGAGGCUGCACUGCCCGAAGACCACGUGGAGGUGCCAUCGCUGGGCGGGCCCGGCGGCGAGCUGCCCCUGGCCGAGGUGCACUCCCUGGACGAGAAGAGGCAGCCCCUCCUGAGCGUGGAGGCCGGGCUGUCCGAGAAUGGGGAAGGAGAGGUCGACGCUGAUGUCACCAUGGCCACCGCGACGCUGGCCGAGGAAGAGCCCAUGCCGGAUCACAACGACGACGACGAUGAUGAUGAUGAUGAAGAGGAGAGAGCAACUCCAGGGACGAGCCCGGUGACAAGCCCAGUGGCAUCGGCUGCAAGCCCAGUGAAUACUGCAGUGGCUGUGGAACAAGCAUCUUAAAUCUGUCCUUGUUCUGUCCUUAAGUCUUAGGUUAACUCUCCACACUGCUUUCCCCAUUAGGCUAGUCUAAACACACUAUAUAUGGGAAUUUAUAUAAAUCCAUAAAUAAGGUCCCAUGGAAAUCUGUUGAUCCUCAUCCCUUCGUGCCUUAGCCAUAAUCACCAAAACACUUCAAAAGCAAUAUUCUCUUCUGAUUAUUUUGUGCCUGAAACAACAGACUCAUUGCCUCCCCCCACUCUUAGUACGGACUAACAUGGAUUUGAAAAAAGACACUCAUCAGAAAUAAAAAGAACAGGCAGUCGGACAGCAGCACUAUCUCAGUUCCCUCACUGCGAUAUGAAUCACUGGGCUCCUGACUUUGAGAUCACACUUGGAUAGAAUUGCAUUCCCAGUCUGUACAAUAAAAUGACAGUAGACAUAAAUGAAAGGUCUGCACUCACAGAGAUAGAUGGGAUCUUUUUUUUUUUUUUUUGCUACUGUGGGAGACAUGGUUACACCCUUGCCUGAGGUCUCUAUGGUAACCAGCCAUUCCGGCAACAAUGUCCCAAUUACAGCUUCCUUAAUCAUGCAGGAGCACACCCACAAACAGUAGCAGUCUGAGGCAUGCUUCCCAUUCUCCCAACACACACAAAGCAAAGUUGGACACAGACCGGCAUAUUAUCCAACUAACCUACAUAAAAAUGAAAAAGAUCACAAGUAUAUAUGUAUAUGUAUGUGUGUGUGUGUGUGUGUGGGGGGGGGCUUUGUUAUGAGAGUAUAAACCUUUAUAUUUACACACACAUUUAAGUGCAUGCUCUAUACUUGGACACUGUGGUGAAGAGGUUAUUGUGUUGUUAAGCUGACAUUCUGCAGAGGUCUAAACAUUUGCAGAGUAAUUUAAAGGCCCCUGGACAUAUUUCUGGAAUUUCAGCCAAGCCAUAAAGAAAAAUGUCCCAACUUGUCAGUAAGUUGAUUUCUGAGAAAAUGCUUUCCCCCAAGCUCUCCCUCCACAUGAAGUGACAGUUUCAUACGCGUAACUAGCAAUGACACAGUUGAAGUGCUCAGCGACACUUCUGUCAUUUUCAUGCCCAUGUCUUUGGGUCCUCCAUGGACAGGUGUGUGCACACACACUGAGGACACUGGGUGAGACCCGGAGGAGCAGGAGAGGAGCUCCUCUUUUGACUGAUCGCUCGGCACCAGCCCAUGUUUCCGCCCUGAGAGAGUGGAGGAGGAGGAGGAGGAGGGGAAAAGGGAGGAGAGGGGGAUGAAGACGGUGGAGGAUGGCGGGAUUGAUGGCAUAGGACGCCCCUCACGGCCCACAGGUGUGCUGCCCCUGGGCUAUACUCUCUUGAGUCGCAAAUUAACCAGGUAGAUGGAGACGAGGCGUGAAAAAGAAUUGAGUUUGUGUGUGUGUGUUUGUGGGGGGGUUCCAGAAAGAUAAAAGAUUAAUGCCGUGCUAGAUACACACACUCAAGACUUUGAUGUUAUUAAGAAAAACCUUUGAAAUGUUUUACUUUUUGCGAUUAAUUCUCAUGAGACUUCAGCCAGUUAUCCAUGUUGCCAAAGUUCCAUCCUGAAAAAGAACUGUGGCAUUCCUAUCCAUAAGUCCUACUGCCGCACACGUCCAGAACAACUGUGGGGUCAGUUUCUUCCACUCGACAAUAUCAAUCUCAGAGUUUGAAGAUAAGGGAAGGCCAGAGUAACGUGUGGUGUUAAACU